AUGAAAGCUGAUCAAAGACAUGCAACUUCAAAGUUGAUUAGUGGUUACAUUAUUGACAAUCUUCGAGACCCAAGGUUUGAAGUUACACCAGCUUUUGUCAUGACAGAGAUGCAAAAAUUGCAUGGACUAGACAAUGGAUAUCACAAGGCGUGGCGUGCUAUCCAACUUGCUUCCGCUUUAAUAAGAGGAACUCCCGAAGAGAAUUAUGAAUUAUUGUCUUCAUACUUGUAUAUGAUGACAAGUAAAAACCCGAGAACUUAUACUAACAUAAAGAUAGACGACAACAACAGGUUUCUUUAUAUGUUUUAUGCAUAUGGAUCAUCAAUAUCUGGUUGGAAUAAUUGUAGACCGGUGAUUGCUGUUGAUGCAACUUUUUUGAAGUCAAAAUUUCGUGGUAUUUUGAUGAUUUCAGUUUCAGAUGAUGCAAAUAACCAAAUUUUCCCACUAGCCUUUGGAAUAGCAGAAUCUGAAAAUAACAAUUCCUAUGAGUGGUACUUUAGUCAGCUCCGCAAUGCAAUUGGGAGCCGUGAGAAUUUAAUUUUUUUAGCAGACAGGCAUCAAGCUAUUGCAUAUGGCAUUGCAAAGGUAUAUCCUGAAAUCCAUCAUGGGAUUUGCAUCUAUCAUUUGGAGCAGAACCUAAAGCGAAGGAAGGUGAAAAGUGAGGUCAUAAAGCUUUUCCAAAGUGCUGCAAGAGUAUACAUGUGCAAAGAAUUUGACUUAUACAUGUCAGAUAUAGCAAAAGUAGAUAAGAAGACUUAUGACUACUUGAUGGAAGAGCCACCGGAAAGGGGGGCACGUUCUUGUAGUCUACGACGAAGAUAUGACAUGCUCACAACAAACAUAGUUGAGUCAAUGAAUUCUGUCCUAUUAGAAGCAAGGGAGCUGCCUAUAUUAAGAAUGAUAGAUUUCAUUCAAGUGUUGAAGCUACAACGUUGGUUUUAUGAAAGAAGAAAUGAAGCAAAAGGAACUUUUUAUGAUGUUUCUUGUUGGGUCUUCCUUGUUGAUUCUUGGCGUUCUAGAGUUGAAGAAGAAGGAAUAACUUUCUUGGUAGACUUAAACAAAAGAACAUGUGAUGGUUUUCAGUUUCAAUUUAAUGAAUUACCAUACAUACAUGCAAUUGCAGCUAUCGAGAAGAGAAACAUCAAGAAGUCUAACUUUUGUUCGCACUGGUACUUAAAGGAAUCUUGGCUGAAAACAUAUGAAAGGCAAAUACAUCCUGUAGGACAUACUGAUUCUUGGAUUGUACCAGAGACUGUUAAGUCACAAAUUGUUAAACCUCUAGAUUUCAAAGUGCCACCAGGUAGAAGGUUGCAGAAAAUUGCAGCAACAGUUGCAGACAAAUUUGGUCAUCGCGAUCGCGUAGAAGGUUUUUGGAAGGCGGGUGUUUUGCCCUUCGCGCUCGCGGUUGAGGGUCCGCGUUCACGGAAGGUAGUGAUAUGGUGCUUCGCGAUCGCAUCGUAUGGCUCGCAUUCGCGUAUGAGACUUUGGAGUCCAGGUGAGAUUGCUCUUCGCGUUGCAGAAAAUUGCAGCAAUAGUUGCAAACAAAUUUGGUCAUCGCGAUCGCGGGAAGUCCCUCGCGAUCGCGUAGAAGGUUUUUGGAAGGCGGGUGUUUUGCCCUUCGCGUUCGCGGUUGAGGGUUUGCGUUCGCAGAAGGUAGUGAUCUGGUGCUUCGCGAUCGCAUCGUAUGGCUCGCGUUCGCGUAUGAGACUUUGGAGUCCAGGUGAGAUUGCUCUUCGCGUUCGCGUGUAUGGUCACGCGUUCGCAUAG